AUGCCUAGUUUUUAUGUGAAAUCGGAAAUUCGAAUUUUUCGAAAGCUUGUUGGAAUUUUGUUGAAGAAAAUUGGGGAACUUUUUGAAGAGCAAGGAAAAUUUUUGAAAAUUGAGAGGUAAAUUUUAAAUUUUCAGACAAAAAUUUCAGUUAAAAAUCAAUUUUUUCUCCAGAAAUCCCACCGAAAAAUCGAUAAUUCUGGACUUUCAAAUCUCUGAAAAUUUCGAAAAAAUUGAUGGAAUUUGUCACGGAAGAAAAUGUGUAUUCUCAAUACCCUCUCAAUUUUUCUCAAAAUUCCACGAAGGAAAACAAAAUCAAGGGCUAUUCCUGAAUGUUGUGGCUCACGAGAUUUUUCAUGUUUUUGGAGCACUUCACGCUGAUGACGGAAUUAUGUCAGGGCAUGCGGAUAUUCUUGAAGGAACUACCAAUUUGGACCAAUUUUUUAUCGGAGAUUUUAUCGAUCCGUGCACUUUUCACAUUUUGAAAUUGGCAAUUUUGGGAGAUGAGAAAAGGAUUGCACCGAAUACGAUUAAUGUUCGAUUGAUUGAGGAAAAUCGGGUGAAAAUUCGGAUGGAAAAUGUGGUGAAUUUUGCAGUUUUUGCAGAAAAGUUAGUUUUUUCGGGGAUUUUUAAGAAGGAGAGGAGAAUGAUAUCAUUUCAAAAGUUAGGUUAACUUUUGAACAGUAAACCCUUAUGGGUUUUUUUCUUGAAAGGUUAGAACUUCCAGAAAAAAUAUUUCAGAAACUUUUUAAAUUUUUUUCCGAACAGAUUUUUUGGCUCUGUUCGGAAAUAGAGGGUUUCAUUAAAGAGUUUUAUUUUCGGAUAAAGGGUUUUUCAGAAAAUGAAGGGUUUUAGAGAAAAUAAAGGGUUUUUCAAGAAAAAAUGGUUUUAAGAGCCCGAAAAAGUAAAAAGAACUCCCCAAUAAUGAGUCCAAAAGUUAGUCAAUUUUAUCAACUAUCUAUUAUCUGACUGAAAUUUCUUAACUUGAUGUGGAUCUGUAGUUUACAGGACCUCACUAAGCCUAAGCUUUGAAUGCUAGGAAAGCUUUAAAAAUUCAAUUUUUAUGUUUGUGCAGCUCUGGAAUAAAGGCUUAGGCUUAGUAAAUAUCCAAUAGACAACAAUCACUUUUCUUUUUCACAAGGGAAGUGCAUAAGGUCAGGUGUUGAACUUUUGAUGAAACGUUCGAAAUAUACCAAAUCGACCAUGCUGAUCACGAAUCCGAAGUCAAAAAUUGCCACAAAUGUCUGUGAGCACUUUUCUGGAGCUCCAAAGUUAGAAUUGAGUUUUGGUUUUUGCCCAUUUUCAUCUUGUUCCUGGGUGGAAAAUCAAAUUUUAUAACUUGAAUAUGGUUGUUCACCACAUUCGAAAACCUAUCAGCUUUUUAGUUUACAAAAAAUAUGAAAAUUUUUGAAAACUGUAAUUUUCAAAAAUGCACAAAAAACUUUGAAAAACGUGUGUAUUUACGUGUGUUUGUGUGUAAUUUCAGGACUUUCUUAAAAAUUACAGUUUUCAGCAGGUUUUUCAUAUUUUUUGUAAACUAAAAAGCUGAUAGGUUUUCGAAUGUGGUGAACAACCAUAUUCAAGUUAUAAAAUUUGAUUUUCCACCCAGGAACAAGAUGAAAAUGGGCAAAAACCAAAACUCAAUUCUAACUUUGGAGCUCCAGAAAAGUGCUCACAGACAUUUGUGGCAAUUUUUGACUUCGGAUUCGUGAUCAGCAUGGUCGAUUUGGUAUAUUUCGAACGUUUCAUCAAAAGUUCAACACCUGACCCUAUGCACUUCCCUUGUCAGAUAUUUUUACCCCUAUAAAACCUUUUUGUUUUUCUAAAACCCUUUAUUUUCUGAAAAACCCUUUAUUUUCUGAAAAACCCAUUAUUUUCUCUAAAACCAUUUAUUUCGGAACAGAGCCGAUUUUUUUCUCUAAAACCAUUUAUUUCCGAACAGAGCCGAUUUUUUUCUCUAAAACCAUUUAUUUCCGAACAGAGCCGAUUUUUUUCUCUAAAACCAUUUAUUUCCGAACAGAGCCGAUUUUUUUCGGAAAUUUUGUUCGCCUUCAAAUUUUGCUUAUUUUUUCCUUCUUGAAAAAUUGACACCCAAAAGUUCCUAUAAACUUUCCAGAACCUUCUACACAUCAUCCUUCAACUUCCCAAAAUCCAACGAAUUUCUGCUGAUCGCUCCGGAAAAUUGGGAUACUUUGGUUUUGGCGUGCGAAAAGGGUUGUGUUUUAAAAUUGGCGAAAAAACCAGUUGGAUUCAAUAUGAGCUAUGCUGGAUUUUUAUAGGUUGGUGAUUUUUUAUUCGAAAAAAAGACCACGUGGGAAAUAUUUAUUUACAACAAAAACUUUUUUCCAAAUCUUCGAAAAAUGACCGCUUCGCAAUGUUGACUUUUCGAGUGUUACUUUUUUCGUUUCCGUCAUUCCAUCAUCUUAUAUGAUUCCUAUAUUAUUUUCAAUAAACUGUCAAAAUGAAUUGCUCAACAAUUCCUUUAUUUUUAUUCCUCUUAUUAUCAUCGUUUUUCAAACCAAAUUCAUCCAAAAAAUCAACUUCUUCAACUUCCAAAAAACCAGCGAGAACCAAUCCGGAAACUUCGAAAUCUGGAUGUAAAUGGUUUGGAAGUGCACCAUUUUGCUAUGAGAAUUGUCCGUCGGAUUAUGAUUUUAUUCGACAACAUAGUGGAAGAUGUGCAGAUGGAACUGCUUGUAUUCCGGAUUCGAGUUUUGGAGAACCAUGUUUGAAACUUUUUAGCUAUCAGAUGACGAAGAAGUUUUGUUGCAAGUAUGGUUUUCUGAAUUUUGAUUUUUUAUUCAAAUUUUAAAGAAAUCUUUCCGAAAAUUUUUAAAAGACACUCUUUGUAAAACUGCAAAACCCACCGGACAACGAAAAAGUCAUGAUCUCAGAAUCGGCCCAAUUUUUUUUCUUAGUAAGCCCCAUGGGUGGGGAACUUUUUCCACCAGGUUAGAGAUCAUGAUAUCGUUUCGCCAAUUUGGUGGGACCGGGUGAAGGGGAAAAUUGUUUUUCGAAAAAAAUUCGUAAGUCGGUUCAACGUUCAUAUUUUUUGAUGAUUAAAAAAGCAUUUUGCUCGUCUUUUGACGCUCUUUGCGAUGGAAAAGAGCACGAAUUUCGAUACUCUAUCCUAAAAAAAAUUUUUUUCGCCAUAAUACAACAUUGCUUAGGAGUCAUUUCCGCUCUUUCUAACCGCUUCCAAAAUGUUCCUCGUGCUUUUUUACCUAUAUUUAGCUACUUUCAAAAAAAUCGCCGGCACCUAUCAACCUCGGAAAAUCACCUAAAAGGGCGCCACUCAAGCGCGCGCGCUCAUAUAACACACAUAUGUGCAUGUGUGUGUUUGUGUGCAUUGAAGGAUUACUGUAGGUGGAAGAAAAAGUUUAAAAAAACGACUUUCUCGUGGAAACUAUGCAAAUUACAAUGAAUAGUUCCCAAAAUGAAGUACCCCAAAGGCAUUUUACAUGCAAAAAUUUUCUUUUCGGACUUUCAAGGGGUUGGACUUUUUUUGAUAUUUUUUAGCUCUGAACUUUGAAAAAUCGUAUUUCCACUUACAGUGGACAAAAAAUUUCGAAGAAAAAAGCAUAAUGGAUCUCAAAUAUCGCUCUAUUGACUGAAAAUAAAAGUUGUUAAAAAAUAAUUUUUUUCGACCUAGAAAACUUGAAAAUUUCAGAAUAAACAAAAACAUUUUUGAAAUUGUUUUUACAAGGGAACCUUUUUACUCAACACUUCAAAUCUUGAUGAAAUUUUGUCCAUAGACAGCUUUUCGGGUCAUAAGAACACCCUAAAAAUUUUAGUCUCUCAAUGGACCCCUGAGCCAAGUUCUGGGCUCUCAAAAGUUCGAAAAUUGCUAAAAAUUGCUCAUAAAAGUCAUCAUAGCUCCAUUUCAAAAUAAUUUGUGGGAGAAAUAAAGUUUCAGAUAGUGAUCAGCAUAGUCGAUUUACUAAAAGUACAACAAUAAAACUUUUUUUCGAAAAAUUUUGAAUUUUUUUAUUUUUCGGCUGAAAAUUCAUGAAAAUUCAUAUGUGCCUCUGCUCAUUCAUUUUUCAUAAAUUAAUUUUUUUUGAAAUUUGAUUUAUUGAUGCUUUUUGGGUAAAUCGACCACGCUGAUCAUCAUCUGCUACUCAGUUUUUCAUAAAAAUGAUCGAGAAUUGAGUUAUGAUGUAUUUUAUGAGCCAAUUUUGGCAAUUUUUGAACUUUUGAGAGCCCAGAACUUGGUUCAGAGGUCCAUUGGGAGACAAAAUUUUUAGGGUGUUCAUAUGACACCAAAAGCUGUCUAUGGAGAAAAUUUCGUCAAGAUUUGAAGUAUUGAGUAAAAAAGGUUUCCUUGUUAGAGGAAGUAUCAAGUGUUCUAGUGCCAAUUUUCAAACUCUGCGUUUGAAGUUACGUACAAUAGCAUAUUAAAAUUGAUAGGUGUCCGGUCCCCAGUGGUACUGGAAAUUGAUUUUAUGUUUUUCUUUUGCAAAAAUCAACAACAAUUUUCAAUAGUGUUUUCUGCAGGCUGCACUUUUGAGUAAAGUUGAGUAGUAAUUUCUGCGAAAAAAGGCCAAUGGAUUCCUCACAGCGGAAAAAAUAUUAUUCAAAAAAUAAUUUUUUGGGAAAAGUUUCAGGGGUCCGAACAACAUUUGAAGAAAGUUUGCUAACGGGAAAUUUUUGAAAAUGUCCAAAACUCUUACGCUUUCAACUAUUUGCGCCAGAAAAGCCGCUAUGACCAACAACCGUGCCUGGAGAACCACAUUAACUUGGUACAGCGCCUUGCGAGUUUUUACAUCACGUCGUUGCGCUUUCAGAGACCACCAGACGAGGUACGGCACUUCAGCAAAGAAUUAGAACAAGAAUCCACGUCUUGAUAGCCACUAUUUCUAAGUACUGCUCCUAGUAAGAAGCUUUCACUAGGAUCACGCCUAGAACGCCUAGAAACACGCUUAGAAAGUAACACUGACAAGGAUCUAUGUCUAGAAAGCAAAUCUGACAAAGAUUCGCGUCUAGAAAACCAUUUUUAUAAGAGUCAACGCCUAGACAAUUGAUCUGGCAAGGAGCCGCGCUUAUGAGAGCUAUCCAUGAUUUUUUUCUAAGCGGGACUCCUUGCCAGAAUGACCGUCUAGGCGCCGAACUUUGUCAGAAUAGCUUUCUAGGCGUAGUUCCUUGUCUGUAUUUCUUUCUAGGCGUGAAUCCUUGCCAGAGCUGCUCUCUAAGCCUGAAGAUUUGCCGGAAUGAUUUUCUACCUAUCUAUGAUGAUUUUCUGAGUAGUUCUAACAUACUACUGUACGUAACUUUAAACCUAGAGUUCGAAAAUUGGCACUAGAAUACUUGAUACUUUUAACAACUCUUAUUCUCAGUCAAUAGAGCGAUAUUUGAGAUCCAUUAUGCUUUUUUCUUCGAAAUUUUUUGUCCACUGUAAGUGGAAAUACGAUUUUUCAAAGUUCAGAGCUAAAAAAUAUCAAAAAAAAAGUCCAACCCCUUGAAAGUCCGAAAAGAAAAUUUUUGCAUGUAAAAUGCCUUUGGGGUACUUCAUUUUGGGAACUAUUCAUUGUAAUUUGCAUAGUUUCCACGAGAAAGUCGUUUUUUUAAACUUUUUCUUCCACCUACAGUAAUCCUUCAAUGCACACAAACACACACAUGCACAUAUGUGUGUUAUAUGAGCGCGCGCGCUUGAGUGGCGCCCUUUUAGGUGAUUUUCCGAGGUUGAUAGGUGCCGGCGAUUUUUUUUGAAAGUAGCUAAAUAUAGGUAAAAAAGCACGAGGAACAUUUUGGAAGCGGUUAGAAAGAGCGGAAAUGACUCCUAAGCAAUGUUGUAUUAUGGCGAAAAAAAAAUUUUUUUUAGGAUAGAGUAUCGAAAUUCGUGCUCUUUUCCAUCGCAAAGAGCGUCAAAAGACGAGCAAAAUGCUUUUUUAAUCAUCAAAAAAUAUGAACGUUGAACCGACUUACGAAUUUUUUUCGAAAAACAAUUUUCCCCUUCACCCGGUCCCACCAAAUUGGCGAAACGAUAUCAUGAUCUCUAACCUGGUGGAAAAAGUUCCCCACCCAUGGGGCUUACUAAGAAAAAAAAUUGGGCCGAUUCUGAGAUCAUGACUUUUUUUGUCCGGGCCUCUGUUGUAAAGUUUACGUUUUUACAAAUAAUGUCUUUUAAAAUAUUUUUUUAUCUCAAUUUUAUGAGUAUUUUAACGGCUAUCCCAAAUAUCAAAAAACUGCGUUAAAAAUUAAGAUUUUUUUAUUGGCCAAAUCAAAUUUUCAUUUUGAAAUUCAGUUUUUUGCUCCAGAAGCUUUCAAAUUAUUCCCCAAUCCCCAACCCAAAAAAAUCCCAAAUUUUUUUUCCAGAAGUGAUCCAGUUGAUUGUUCUUGGUCCGGAAGAUGGAUGGGCUCCGAAGAUGCGUUCAAUUUCUAUUGCCGCUUCGAUUCAGGACAAGGAAAUUGUGGAAAACUGGAAUGUUCAGUCAAUCAUCCGCUCUUCAAAGCUCAUAAUUCCUCGCUUAUCGGUCGGUAUUCAUCUAUUUUUUUUUAAUCCGGAAAUUUGAAUUAUAGAUUUUUUUCAGAAGGCGAAAAUUGCGACGAAUUGAGAAUGUGGAAUUUGCGCGGAAAAGCCACGUGCGGUUAUAUUGCCUGGUUUCAAAAUGGCGAAUAUCGAAAUAGUUGGUAUAAAACUUUUUGA